UAUCGAUUUUGCCAAGGUUAAAAUGAUUAUCCUUUCAAAUUAAUUCUAUGUAAAGAAAAGUCAUUGUUUGUUUUUUUUUUUAAAUCAUUUGAAAUAAGUUAUUCUAAAGUCUGUUGUUUUAUAAAGAGGAAGCUUAAAAGAUGACUUGUUUUCAUGUUUCAAAAUCAUUGCACAAUGAAUCAAAUUGUGAAGUAAUUCAGAAGAAGGAGACAAUUCAUCCAUCCAAAACUGAUGGUGGUUGGGCUUGGAUCAUAGUUUUAUCAUCAUUUAUGAUUCAGUUAAUAAUUGAUGGAACAUUCGGUGGUUUUGGAGUUUUAUAUUUGUCGUUACGAAAUGAUCAAGCAUUUAUCAAUGAAAAUUAUUCACAAACAGUAUUAUCAAUGCCAGGAACUAUUCAACCGGGAUUUUUUCUUUGCACUGGUGCUUUUGUCAGUCCACUUAUUCAAAUGUUUGGAUUUCGUAUUAGUGGUUGUUUUGGAGCAUUAAUACUUGGCCUUGGAAUGUCAAUAGCAAGUUAUCUAACUAAUAUCCAUGCUAUCACAAUAUUUUACGGAGUAAUAUCAGGUUCAGCUUUUGGUAUUCUAACUGUAUGCGCCAUAGUCUCAGUCAAUUAUUAUUUUGAUCGUUAUCGUGGUCUAGCAUCCGGUAUAGCAAUGUCUGGUGCAGGUGUCGGUAUAUUAUUAGUACCGGUUUUAUAUAAUUGGAUUAUACCUAUUAAAGGAUGGCGUUUUAGUCUAUUAAUGUAUUCAUUAGGUGCAAGCUUAUUAACAAUAUUGUCAUCACUGGCAAUUAAGCCAUUCAUUAGAAAUAAUCAAGUUGAUGAUGCAGGUUUAACUGAACAAUCUAUUGUUACAGAAAAUUCAAAACAAUCUACAUCUGAUCAAAUAUUAAUGAUAAAAACUAUUCCAGAAAUUACGCAUACUGGUAAAGAUGUAACUGAGUCACCUGAAGAAGCCCAAAAUAAAACUGUUGAUUUAGCUGACAUUCAUCAAAACAAUAAACCUGAUGAUCUUGUCUCUGAUUUCAAUGAAGACAUAAAAGAGAGAAAAAAUUCUAUUGGAUUUAUAGACGCUUUACGUCAGUAUUUAUUAAAUCAAAAAGGAACAACAACUUUGGACAUUGACAAUGAUACCGAAGAUUCAGCAUCUAUGGUUGGUUCAAGGUUAUGGAAAUCAAGUCAGGGAUUCAAGCCACACCAUUCAUCAUAUAUUAAUAAUCAAAGUCAAUUAUGUCAACCAGCUCAGUUUGAUCAACAAAAGAAACAAAAUUACAAUAAAUUUUCAAUUGAUACUCAACAGACAACAGUUCCAGUUACAUAUGAUCAUAUCCAUUCAAGUUAUAAUUUAUCUUCAACGAGUAGACCUAGACGAAAAAAGUUUACCAGUCAAGUAUAUACUCUCUUCGACAAACCAGAUGCAUUUUAUUCAGCGAGUUUAACAAAUUUAAAUCGUAAAACUAGUCAAACUUUUAAUCGUUACAAAAAAUCCACAGAAUCUCCAACAGAUAUAAGUGGAACUUUAAAAUAUCCAAUAGUAUCGAAAUCUUCAUUGAUUGUUUCAUCCGAAACAGUGAAUAAAAAUCGAAGUAUGAAUCAAUCGAUUGAUGAUAGUAAUUCUUCAUUUCAAUUAUCACCUAUUUCAUUAUUGAAUGAAAAACACCAAGAACCAAGCCCGGAAGAGCUACUCUCUUUCGAUAAUUCCAUUCAUAAAUCAUGUUACAAUAAUUUAUAUCCAAAAUCUAGUAUUAUUGAAAUGAGUAUACCAGAAGAAAAUGUACCAACUACUUAUAACACAGACAAUGAUGGUACAGAACCUCAUUCAUCAACAUUGAAAGUGAACAAGCCUAAACAUUGUCUAGUGUUAUUUGGAUAUAGAAUAAUGAAAUUGUUUGAUUUGAAUUUAUUUACAGAGUUAUCAUUUUUAUAUUUGAUCGGUAUUGGUAUUACAAGUCAGUUGGCGUAUUUUAUUCCAUUUGUUUAUUUAAUUGAUUAUACAGUUGGUUAUGGGAUGGAGCAAGAUAGUGCUGUUCUAAUUGUUAUGAUAUUAAGUAUAUUUCAUACAGUUGGUCGAAUAACAUCUGGUAUUAUGGCAAAUUUUUUCCAUCUAGAUUCAGUCUAUUUAAGUGGACUAGCAACUUUUGGUGGUGGACUUGCACAUUUACUUCUUAUUUUCAUAUUUCCGCAUACAUUCACAUGGUACAUUAUAUAUGCCAGUAUUUAUGGCCUAUGUAGUGGUAUACCUAUCCCACUUAUACCAAUACUUUUAGUACGUUUCAAUGGACUUGAGCGUUUGACAGCGAGUUUUAGUAAUUUGAAUUUACUGAAAGGUAUUUUUUCAAUGAUUGGACCAACUGUGGCAAUUACCAUAGUUGAGUACACUAAUCAAAAAGAUCAUUUAUUUCUUGUAGCUGGAAUAUGCUACAUAAGUUCUGCUGUAUUACAUUUUGGAUUAUGUCGAUGUUCAUGUAUGACACCAUUUUCUAAAUCUAAUACGAACAAACAAGGCAUGAAUUAUGAUAAUGAUGAUAUAAAUUUUCAAGAUCCAUAUGCUAAAUGUUUUCCAUGUUCUUUUCGAUAAAUUGAAUGAAAUGAACAAAAAAAAAAGAAAAUUACUAGUCGAUUUUUAGUCAAAACAAUAUUUGAUUUUGAUACAGGCUUUUUGUAUUGAUUGAUUGAAAAAGUACAAACAAACAAGACAACUUUAUUUAUUUUGUAUUGGACAUUAGUUCUUGUCGGUGAUUUUAUAGAUUUUUUAUUAGUAGUCAUUUUAAUACAUAGAUUAUUUCUUUUUCUUUUUUUAUCAAACAUUGAUUUCCC